GUUCAUAUGGAGAGGAGCGAACCAUCGACCCCAGAGCGCGCGCACCCCUCUCACCGCACCGGGCUCCUCGGUACCCCGCUGCCGGGGCGUCCUGGAACACGGGCGACCACCUCAGCCUCCAGCAAGCGCUACAGAAAGUUUCAGAACUUCUUGUACAACGUACUGGAGAGACCACGAGGAUGGGCAUUCAUCUACCAUGCGUUCAUUUUCCUGCUGGUGUUCAGCUGUCUGGUGCUGUCUGUGUUCUCCACCAUCCCAGGCAAUCAAAAGAUAGCCAACGAAGGACUCUUCAUCCUGGAGUUUGUAAUGAUCGUGGUGUUUGGUCUGGAAUACGUUGUGAGGGUUUGGGCGUCCGGCUGCUGCUGUCGCUACAGAGGAUGGCAGGGGAGACUACGCUUUGCCAGGAAACCCUUCUGCAUCAUAGACUUCAUAGUGUUUGUGGUGUCCUUGGCGGUGAUCGCAGCGGGCACCCAGGGGAACGUCUUUGCCACCUCUGCCCUGCGCAGCAUGCGGUUCCUCCAGAUCCUCCGGAUGGUACGCAUGGACAGACGAGGAGGCACCUGGAAACUACUGGGCUCUGUGGUCUACGCCCAUAGCAAGGAGCUGAUUACAGCGUGGUACAUUGGUUUCUUGGUCCUGAUCUUUGCCUCCUUCCUGGUCUACCUGGCAGAGAAAGACGUCAACACAGAGUUCAACACCUACGCAGACUCCCUCUGGUGGGGAACGAUAACUCUCACCACCAUCGGCUACGGUGACAAGACACCCCGCACCUGGUUGGGGAGACUUCUGGCUGCCGGCUUCGCUCUCCUGGGCGUGUCCUUCUUCGCCCUUCCUGCCGGUAUCCUGGGGUCAGGCUUUGCCCUGAAGGUGCAGGAGCAGCACAGACAGAAGCACUUUGAGAAGAGGAGGACUCCUGCUGCCAGCCUUAUACAGGCUGCUUGGCGUCUGUACUCUACUGAUGCUCAGCACUCCUACCUGACAGCCACAUGGUACUUCUAUGACAGCAUGCUUCCAUCCUUCAGCAGCAAAAUAGGUUUUCGAGACCGGAUGCGGAUGAACAACUCUCGGUCGUCCCAGGCGAUCCGGAACAAGGCGUCUCCACUGCCUCCCGGGACCAGUUUCCGCCAGUCGCCCAGCACGGAGAAUGUCCCAGAAGCCACCAGUCCCGGGAAGGUGCAGAAGAGCUGGAGCUUCAACGACCGCACGCGGUUCCGCACCUCCCUACGGCUCAAACCCAGACCUCCUGCAGACGUGGAAGGAGUAGGGGAGGACAGUGUUGAAGACAAACCAUAUUGUGAUGUAGCCAUGGAAGAGGUGAUCCCAGCAGUGAAGACCUUGAUACGGGCUGUCAGGAUUCUGAAGUUCCUGGUGGCCAAGAGGAAGUUUAAGGAGACUCUGCGUCCAUACGACGUGAAGGACGUCAUAGAGCAGUACUCUGCUGGACACCUGGACAUGCUGGGGAGGAUCAAGAGUCUACAAACCAGAGUGGAUCAGAUAGUGGGUCGGGGAUCGUCCUACCAGGCAGAUAAUAAGAAGGUGAGGAGUGAGAAGGGAGAGAAGACCCCUCCAGAACUGGACCUUCUGGACGAGCUCAGUAUGAUGGGACGGGUCAUUAAGGUGGAGAAACAGGUGCAGUCGAUAGAGAACAAGCUGGACCUCCUUCUUAACUUCUACACCCAGUGUCUGAAGAAAGGCUCAUCCAACUUCACCCUGUCCUCCCUGUUGGAACCAGACCUGACGUCAGACUACCACAGCCCCACGGACCACCGCGACCUCUUCCCCUCUGCCAACACACUCAACAUCUCCCACUCAGAGUCCAGCAAUAUGGAGUGACUGGUAGUGUACUCACUGACUGGGGCUGGGGCUGGGGCUGGGGCGGGUAUGAACUGGGCCCACCACUAGACCCUCACCUCAAUGUUUUUAAGCCCUGAGAUGUCAUGUCACUAUACUGGACUGUAGCAGCACUCCUGGAACAAACCUCUAUGCCCAUAUCUAUUUGCAGUUGUAACCUUUGACCUUUCUACUGAUCACCAAACCAAUUUGAUUCCUAACUUAGAAACCUCUUUCUAGGAAUUCAGACUCCACACUUUAGAACCCACACUUAUUAGUUCCUCCCUCCACAUAUUUAACAUCCUCUGCUUCAUAUGUUAGAGCCACCAAUAGUGGAGAAUUCAUCAUGCUAUCCUCUCUUUAUUUUAGUGCUGAGCGAUUAACUGAAAUGUUGGUUAUUGUUCACCAACGUCAGGUCAGUUAUCUGAAUUCCAUUUCAUUCUGUUUUUAUCUGUGAGCUCAGAGAUGAAUCAUAUUGGUGCGAUGUAGUAGGGAGUUGUAGUUUCCAACAGGCCAAUGGACUCUACAAGGUAUCGAAAGCAUUCCACAGGGAUGAUGGCCCAUGUUGACUCCAAUGCUUCGGUCAAUCUGGAGGCAAAAAAUAACCAUACACCUGUUUAGGCGAGGUGCUGGCUAGCGGAGUAGAACACCUGUUUAGGAGAGGUGCUGGCUAGUGGAGUAGAACACCUGUUUAGGCGAUGUGCUGGCUAGCGGAGUAGAACACCUGUUUAGGAGAGGUGCUGGCUAGUGGAGGAGAACACCUGUUUAGGCGAGGUGCUGGCUAGUGGAGUAGAACACCUGUUUAGCCGAUGUGCUGGCUAGCGGAGUAGAACACCUGUUUAGGAGAGGUGCUGGCUAGUGGAGUAGAACACCUGUUUAGGAGAGGUGCUGGCUAGUGGAGUAGAACACCUGUUUAGGCGAGGUGCUGGCUAGUGGAGUAGAACACCUGUUUAGGAGAUGUGCUGGCUAGCGGAGUAGAACACCUGUUUAGGAGAGGUGCUGGCUAGCGGAGUA